AUAAGGAAAGGAAGGGAGAGGCGCUCCGGAGUCUGGGGCAGAGGAUGGCUGCGACCUCGUGCGUCGGUCUUUCGUGGCUCCUUCUUCUCCCGCUCGACUGCUUCCUUAUUUGACAGUUAAUCGCGACCCGGUUGGGUUGUUCCGUUCACGUUCACGCCCUCUCCGACCGGCGACACGCUUGGAGCCCCGGCUGCUGCUGCUGCUGCUGUGGAUCUGGAGCGGGAAAACCCCCCGGGGCGGGGUGGACCGAAAAGAGAGGAGAGCGACUCAGCCAGAAAGAACUUCGACUCGCCGUCUCCGGACCGCCGCCUCCGCCUCAGCGUGAAGUGCGCCGGCAAAAAGGGGAAUUCACUUCUCCCGAGUGUCGGGCUGAGAACACCAAGACCUGAUUCAAGGAGAUCUCUGUGUAAAGUAGUCAAAUACCUUCUGGUCCAAGAUGGCAGACAGUGAUAAAAAUGGAAGCAGCCGUUCUAGCACCAGCAACAGUCGACUUCAGAGCAAGAAGCCCCCCAACCUCUCUAUCAUGAUCCCACCAGUGAAGACCGAAGAGGAAAGCAGCCAAACAAUGCUUCUGAAAAAGAACCCAGCUCUUCAAAAAAGUGUGAGCCUCCAGGAGUCGAGGUUGAAAAGACAGGGCAGCAACUUUGAAAGACAUCCCGCCUUGCAUAGACAAACCUCAUUGUCCCAGAGUAUUCGCAAAGGAGCAGCGCAGUGGUUUGGCGUCAGCAAUGACUGGGAUGGAAAACAGCAGAAUUGGCAGCGCAAGAGCCUUCAGCACUGCAGCCUGCGCUAUGGAAAACUCAAACCUGCCUACAGGGAAAUAGAAGUGAACAGCCAGGAGGUGCCUUCUUUCCAAGGCACAGAAUCCCCAAAGCCAACAAAAAUGCCCAAGAUUGUAGAUCCUUUGGCCCGAGGCCGUCCCUUCAGGCACCCAGAUGAAGUGGAUCGUCCACGAACCCCACAUCCUGUCCUCCCCCCUCUGACUCCUGGUGUUGUGUCCUUGACAUCAUUAGGUAGUGUACGGUCAGGCUACACCCACCUGCCCCGCAGGAAAAGGGAAUCCGUGGCCCAUAUGAGCUUUAAGGCAGCUGCAGCAAUUAUCAGAGGGCGUUCCGUUCUGGAUCCUUCAGUGCAAAAACGCAGAGGCAACAAACGGAGCUUUUUGUAUCCUAGCUCCAUGGACGAUGAUGUGGUAGAUGGCAUGGAUACAUUUGACUCUACCUUCUUCAGUAAGGUUGAUGCACACGAGGAGAUGUGCUCCAUGCAAGAUGAUGUAUUUGAAUCCCCACCUCUCUCUGCUACUGUCUACCGUGGGCUUCCCUUGCAAGAAGACGGCAAGUCGCCCGAGGCCGACCUACCUUUCCAGCAUGGAGGAGCCAUUGCCCUCAAAAGCCUCCAGCAAACAACAACUGCUCCCAAGAGGGGCACUCGGAUUGCUGCCAGGGUGAAGAAUUUUGCCUUUGACCACAAGAAGCGCUACUAUGGGAUGGGAGUGGUGGGCAACUGGUUGAACAGAACGUAUCGUCGGAGCAUCAGCAGUGUGGUACGGUCACAGCUGGAGAUCACAGACAGCCACAGGCCUUAUUUUACGUACUGGAUCACAUUUGUCCACAUCAUCAUCACUCUACUUAUCAUUUGCACUUACGGAUUUGCUCCAAUCGGCUUUGCUCAGCAUGUGAAAACAGAAUUAAUACUACGAAACAAAGGUGUGUAUGAAAGUGUGAAAUAUAUCCAACAGGAGAACUUCUGGAUUGGUCCAAGUUCGAUUGACUUGAUCCAUCUGGGAGCCAAGUUCUCCCCCUGUAUCCGGAAGGACCAACAGAUUGAGAAGCUGAUUCAGAAAGAGAGGGAGAAAGAGCAUCACUCUGGCUGCUGUGUCCAGAAUGAUAACUCAGGCUGUGUUCAGACUCUGCGUGAGGAUUGCUCGGAAACAUUAGCCACAUUCGUAAAAUGGCCAGACAAUAAUCCACCAGCUGUUGACCCCAGCAAUUCAAGUCAGAGAAGGAUAUCAGGAGCAGUUUGUUCUCAGGAUCCCAGGACCUGUGAGGAACCAGCUUCAAAUCCACCUCAUGCCUGGCCAGAUGACAUCACCAAGUGGCCAAUAUGUACUGAUCAGGUCAAAAGUAACCACACUGGUUUCUUGCAUAUGGACUGUGAUAUUAAAGGAAGGCCAUGCUGCAUUGGAACCAAAGGCAGCUGUGAGAUCACAACUCGGGAGUACUGUGAGUUCAUGCAUGGCCACUUCCAUGAAGAAGCAACUCUUUGUUCACAGGUUCACUGCAUGGGUGAGGUAUGUGGCCUCUUACCAUUUCUUAACCCAGAGAUUCCAGAUCAGUUCUACAGGCUGUGGUUGUCUUUAUUCCUUCAUGCAGGGAUUGUCCAUUGUCUGGUGUCUGUGAUCUUCCAAAUGACAGUGCUCAGAGAUUUGGAAAAGCUGGCAGGCUGGCUUCGUAUUACUAUCAUUUUUAUCCUCAGUGGCAUCACAGGCAAUCUGGCUAGUGCCAUCUUCCUACCCUACAGGGCAGAGGUGGGCCCAGCAGGAUCCCAGUUUGGCUUGUUAGCCUGCCUUUUUGUGGAGCUGUUCCAGAGCUGGCAGGUCCUAGAGAGUCCCUGGAAGGCUUUUUUAAAUCUUUCUGGGAUUGUCCUUUUUCUCUUUGCCUGCGGCCUUCUGCCAUGGAUCGACAAUAUUGCACACAUAUUUGGUUUCCUCAGUGGCCUAUUACUUUCUUUUGCCUUCCUGCCCUAUAUCACCUUUGGUACUGCAGACAAAUAUUGCAAACGGGUGAUGAUCAUUGUCUCACUACUGAUCUUUGUUGGUUUAUUUACAUCGCUUGUGAUCUGGCUAUAUGUAUAUCCUAUUAAUUGGCAUUGGACUGAGUAUCUAACCUGCUUGCCUUUCACAACCAAGUUUUGUGAGAAGUAUGACUUGGACCAGACCUUGCACUAAUGAAGCAUUUAAAUGGA